AUGGACGAUGUAAGAGGGCAGCAGACGAGCGAGGUCCUGGACUUAGAAGCCGGAGCCGGCGAAGCCCAUCACAACCUAGAGCAACCAGAUCUUAACACGCCCACCUCUUCUGAGAACGCAACAUCAUCAUCAGCAAGCAAUAUUGACCAAGGAAGCAAACUGCCAACCGCCCUUCCGCCACAGAGCCGCCACUGUGCGCUUACCGUGGAGGAAAUUCGUCGCCAUGAAAUUUCUCGAUCGAUAGCCAGCAGCUUCCUCCACAACCUAACCUCCGGCAAUAUUGACCGCGCGUCAGAUGAAGUGGAGGAGAUCCGAGGGGUGUGGGUGGCUAGCUUGGAGAAAGCGGGUAUUCGCUGUCUCGAUAGUGACAGUCUGGAAGUGAUUACUGGCCGAGUUAUCAAUAGGUUGGAACACAAUCUGGAGCCCUAUUACUGUGGUUUGGAGCCUGCUCCGUCCAGGUCAGAUGCGGUGUUGUAG